AUGCGCAUUGUCAUAGUUUAUCCUCCACUACCUGACGUUGGCUUCCAUUUCCUUCCUCAACUUGACCAACUUUGGUUGACGGACCUCUUUGAUGCAUUAUUGGUAUUCCCAACCAUUGUGCAUGUUGUUUUUCAUCGAAAAGUAGUUCACGUGGCUCAUUCAUGGUUCUUGACGUCGACGCUAUGCAAUGUGGAGCGAAUCGCUACCGUGGCCAUUACAUCCUUUCCAGAUCCACGUGCAGGCUGUGAAAUGGUAACGAGUCAAAUUUGGACCAAGGUGUCAGCCCACAAAUGUGGCGAUUGUAUGUUUAGUGGACACACAGUAUUAUUUGUCAUUUGUGCCUGCGUUUGGACAACGUAUCCCCCAUGUAACCAACGCAUCGCAAGGGUUGUCAUCUCAACGAUCAUUUGGUUGCUGGUCCUUGCAGGCAGCGCUAUCGUUAUCAUGAAUCGUGCGCAUUACACAGUGGAUGUAUUGGUGGCGUGGUAUGUCGGCAUCGGCAAUUGGUACAUUGUGCAGUAUUUCUGGAAAGAGCAAACCUGUUUGACGGGUAAACAAUACUACAAGCCUGUCAACAACCAUCAUGGUGUAUUUUCAGUUUUGGCGGUAGACGAGGAUCAUGAACGAUAUCAAUCAGCUUUUGAAAAGCAUCAUCAACCUUCAUUACGGCUUACCCUUGCUUCACCCACCACCACCAAUGAUCAUUCGGAAAUGGUCAUCUAG